AUGCGGCCGGUAUUCGCUAUCGAAUUCAAACGUCAGACUUUCCAUCUGCCCGUCAAUAAACAACGGAGAAUAGGGUCCCCUCCGCAAAAAGGAGAGGAGUCGGUGCGCCGUUAUCAAAUAUUAGCAUACAAAGUCCGCUGUCGUGACGAAAAAAGACCAAGAGCCGCGGCGGCCGACGAAGAAAAAAGGCAAAAGGCGUUCCGUUCCCGCCACUUCGCGUCGUGGAGAUCGAAUGCAAAACUUUUACUGUUGACAGUGCAUCUGCGGGCA